AUGGCGACGAGUCCAGGGAUGAAGUGGUCAGUGAGCAUAAAACCGCUCCUGACCGCGUCAUACUCGUCAUUCAACAAAGAUGAUCUACCUGGAUUUGCAAAAGCUUUAACUAAGAGUGAAGCAGACAUACUCGAACAUGAAGCUCAGCAUGAAAAGUUCUACUCUGCAUUUGUGGCUCUGGCUUCACACUAUAUGAGUGCAAGUGCUAGAUCAGUGCCAUCAACACAACUUGGAACUGUGUCCAACGCAUGUCGUGUACUACUGAAGUUCCUCCUGACUAAAUUACAGACCUAUCAUGAAGAAUGCUGCAUAACACAGAAACACCUGAUGAUGUUGAUAAAAGCCCUGUGUACAGGAAGCAGUGGUCUAAAUAAGGCUGAUGUAACAUCCUAUGUGGCUGUCCUCCGCCAAGCCCAGGCCCCUCCCCAUGUACGCGAGUCAGACACAGAUUGUGAGGAAAUUCAGCCCAAAGAAAUUGCUCGAUCGAGAAUAGAUACAGGAAGUGACAUAUUUGACCAGUUGACCUCAGUAUUUGAGGAGGUGAGCAUCUCAAGUCCUCAGAAAACUGAACCUGUUGUUGAUCCUGUAGUCAACGAUGAUGACACAUCCCACAGUCGACACAGUCGUGAGUCGGAUGACUUGAAACAUGCUUUUGGAAAGAGAAACCUGUCGCAUCUCCUGCAAAUGGAUGGAGCUGAUAUUUUAGUGAAUGUUUGUUCAAAUCUGACAUUCCUUGGAAGGUAUUCCCAGCGCUACAAAGAGGCAGUGGCAGGCUCCUCUUUCAUCAUGCCUAACACCCUGGUGGAAGCCCUUACAUCAAGGACGAGCUACCAGUGUUUGCUGAGUGAUAUCUCCAUUGUGUGGCGCGCCUUCAGUCUUCCUAUCCUGGAACCACUCUCUCCAAAGAGGAUGGAGAAAAUUGUCAACAUCACCAUGAGCUGCCUGUAUGCCUCUCUUUCUGUUGCCAUGGCAAACAAUGUUGUGGCAUUAACCAGCACUACCCCGGCCAAGUCAACAUCAACUAAAGAUGAAGAGAUUGACAACUAUGGAACUACUGUUAUCCAAAGAAGUUUGGAAGUAUUCAACACUGUAUCAACUGUUAUGAGGAAUUCCACAAGAGCAGGAGGCAAUACGGCCCAGAACCUUAACCUGAUGGCAGCAUGGUUGUUAAUGAGAGGUUUACAAAAUAUUAUUGCUCUCACACCCUCUACUGUACUGGAGAGGAAGGAACCCUGUAAACCCAAAGGGUCUGCCCUGUCAUCUGAUAGCUCUACCAACACCUGGAAAAGUUCAUUCCAUGGCUUUGGAGCUUUAUCUGUUGCCUUGGCAACCAAGGCUGUACAACUGGUGCAGGAACUACUGGCUGAUUUACAAGUUGAAGGCAUGGUGCCUGAUCUGGGAACAACUGCACCAUCCAAACCUGGUCUUGACUUUACCAUAAUGACAUACCAAACUGCCUGGAAACGUGUCAAGAAGUUGCUGAAUGCCAUCAAUCUGACAGACCUCUUGUUCAACCUGGUGGAAAACUCCUUCAGAAAGGCAUCUUUACUACGAAGACUGAAGCAGGGGACAGAGUCCUCUGAAACAAGCAGUAGCAGUGCAUCUGACUCCAACACAUUCUAUGAGGAUGACUUCAGCUGUUCUGAGGAAAGCAGUGAUGAUGAUGAUGAGGAUUCAGAGCCAAUUCUUGGGGGCCUGUUUGAGGAGCCAGCCCUACCCACAGAUACCGUGGAGCCAUCCGCCCCACCCCCGGUUCCAGCACGUGUUGAUGUUCCUAGCGAGGGCAAGCGCUCACGCAAGAUUAGUAGUGGGGACAGUCCCAACUUUGUCCCAGACAAACGGGAGCCAGAAGGGUUUGUUCAACUGGCAGCAGACAUCCUGACCUUCCUUAGUCAAUCCUUCCUUAAUGCCACAGACCGUGAACUGCAGAAGAUAUUACGAUCUUCACUGAAUGAAGAUCACAUGGGAAAUCUGGCCACACUUAUACGUGAACUUGACAAAGAAUGUAUCAAAUAUGCAUCUGACAAGGUGUUUGAUGGAUUGUCAAUAGCUUUGGCCAAGUUUAACCACAAUCUCAUCUCCAAAGGAUGUUUGACUGAAACACUUGAGGAUAUUCUGCUGAGUCAGUUAGGAGUCAAUCCUAAUGCUGUGGAACCCUGGCCAAUGACCGUUCACUCCCGUACCUUGGCUAUCCUCGCAGAAGUUGUCCUUCUCAAGCAGCAGCGCGAACGUGAGGCGAAGCUCAUGAAAAGCCAAAGUGAGGCUUCGGUGAUCAGUAUCUGGAUGAACUUUAUCACGACGCUGAAAAGUAACAUCAUUGAUCUAGAUCCCCAGGUUGACUCUUGUGAUGACAUUAACGUGGAACACCUGCAGGUGCUAAUCUUCCUGUUUCACAGCCUGCCAUUGAUGAAGAAAAAAUCACUCCUGUUACAGAUGGCCCAGAAUCUUAUUGCCAUAAAUGAGAUGGAUGAUGGUAAGCUUGAGACCAUGGUGCCUCUACCUCUCACUCGCCUGUUAGUAGUGUUUGAGUACCUGUUACACUACUUUUAUGAUCCACCUGCUGAACUCAUGGAACAGGUGAGAUGGAACCUGUUUGCAGUCCAUGCCCAGGCAGCUGCUUCAGAGGAAGAUGGUCUUACCUGCAGACAGACAGAGUUCUUCCCAUGUAGGGAAGUGGAGGAGAACUACCGUCGUAACCUCACAGCACAGGAAAUCUCUGAUGGCAUACAGAGACCACGAUUUUACAAUCUUGGACCAGUCAUUGUCAAUUCCCAGGAGACCCCCAGGGUAGAUGGACUGGCAUGCAGUUUCCUGCUGUCCAGUGCUGAUGUGGUCAACUAUAACCAGCUGUAUGAUGCCUGUAUCUCUCUACUGAUGGUGGGCUCCAAGUGUGACAAAGUCAGGGGCAAACUCUCCAUCCUGGAUGCUUCAGCUCUGCACUAUCACUUCCAUAUUUGUUGGAGACUAUUGGCAUGCCUGCCCCCUUCUAUACAUUAUCUCCGUAUGCUUGAGAGCGGCGAGCUGGACAUGUCCAAUGGACACAUUUUACACACCUUACGAUGGGUUUCCAGACUUGGACACAAGGUCUUCAGUGGUUGGAUGAAGGAUUAUCUGGUGAAGCAGGGAUUGACCACACAGCAAUCCGAGACCCUGCUGACUAGUGCUAACAAGGUCGCCAACAAUGUCAACUAUGAUAUCCGCCUUGCAAUGAACUUCAUUGAUGAAAUUAUCAUUAUCUUGCCGUUCUACUUGCAACAGGUAAAUGCCAUGUUGCUGAUCAGCCAGAAGGAAAUCAUUGGACCUACAGAUCUACCUGGCUUGACUUCUGUCAUGUUACUAGAUGCAGUCAUUGCUAAGACACAGGUGUCCCUUGAGGAAACAUUCACCAAGGCUAUGGGAGACAUAGAUCCCCGCAAAGCUAUGGAGAUUGCCCUAGACCUGAUCCCAGCCACACUGCUUCAGCUUGAGACCUAUAGUGUUUAUGUGAGAUCAUGCAUCCUACACCAGCUGAAACUGGACGAGGACAGUGAGAUGGUGCUGACACCACGCCAGCUUGAAGGGUAUGGUACUGUAAUGAGUCUAGGCUCCAGUUCUCCUUCCAAGGUCUCUGUCCUGGGCGCUGAGAUCAUGGGCACCUUGCCUCGCCCCAUCUCUCUAGCCAUAGAUGUUAAGUGGUCCUCCAGCACUCACAAUGAAUUUCCAAGCACAGGGGCCUGGAAAAGUGACUUUUCCAAUGACAUUUUACCAGCAGAAAGCUACAUAGAUGCCAUUCUGACAGCCCACACUGGUACACUGUCCAUGGAGCCAGUAUUCAGCAUCAAUGCUUCCCUGAAACAUGUCCUCAUGGCAUUGGUCAAAUUCGCCUCUGACCUAGUCAUAUGGUGCCCGGACACAGCCAGCAGUAAGGAAAUGAUUCGAGUCAUGUUUCCCUUCACACUUGAUGCAUCCACAGCCUACCUUGCUGAUAUGGUUUCCCAAUCCCUCGAACGGUUCCUUGGACCUAUCGACGGAGAUGAAUUUGUGGAGAAAACAUUCCACCAUGCAUUUUCUGUUUGUCAUGACCUGUGUGUGAACCUGUCAGAGCCAGAGACUGGCCUAGAGGAAAAAGUUUUCCUUGAUUGUCUGAAGUUUAUGGAGAAUCACCUGGAGAAGGAGCCAGAACGCAAGGCAUUCUACAAGUUUUACACAGAGUCGGCAGAUUUGACCCAGCUGGUGUUAUCUGCUUCCAAGGAAAAUCUGACAUCUCAGUACUCCACGAGGAUAUUGCGACUUCUCAGCAAGAUGUUUCAGCUGGCGGACAAGAGUGGUGACAGAUAUUAUGAUUUACGAUGUGGAUCACUGUCAAGUCUAGCACAGAUGAACCUGUCUAAGAUGAUACUCCCAUCAGAGGAUCAGGAGGAUGAGAACACCUUGAAAGAAAACAGAAUGCUACUUCGGACAAUUACUAUGUAUCUUGUGAAACCAAACAGCCUUGUGAGUGAGAAGGUGCCCUUGUCCAUUCUUUGUUCCCUGAUUCCCUUGGGUGGAAUGCUACUGACGGGAUCAGACAGAGAGACUGCAGGAUUCCCGGAACUGAUGAUGGUCAUGCACACAUUGGCUGGAGCUGGUCAAGGUAGUGGACACAGCAUGCUGUUUCAGGCUGCUACUGGAUGGCUUGACCAAUGUACGGUCUUUUUGAACAAAAAAGAGGUAUUGGAAAAGAUCACUACAGAAAAUGGACAAACCAACAAGCCUAUAUUGGACACCUUAUGCUGUCUGCUGUCCUACAUCGGAGAAAUCCUCGGGGCUCUCAAGAGAAGCUCAGAGAAAAGUGGUGUUCUGUCUCCUCCUGUGGACAGUGAUAUGACAGUAACACAGGAAGGAGAUAUAGACUGGAUAGAGGACCUGACUCAGGAAGACGAGGAUUCUGGAGGCGAGGACUCGGAUGAGGAAUCACUCAAUAACAAGUUGUGUACAUUUACUGUCACACAGAAGGAAUUCAUGAACCAGCACUGGUACCACUGCCACACCUGUAAGAUGGUGGAUGGUGUAGGGGUAUGUACAGUUUGUGCCAAAGUCUGCCAUAAAGAACAUGACCUGACCUAUGCUAAGUUUGGAUCCUUCUUCUGUGAUUGUGGAGCCAAGGAGGAUGGCUCCUGCAAGUCUCUGGUCAAGCGUUCUGUCCAGAGUGGAUUGGACAGUCUAGACAACCUAGCAGGAGCUUCACCAUUCUCCAUGGAAACCAUGCUUCCCAGCAGUCUCCGGCGUCGCAUGUCUUCUCCGAGUCCAUUGGAGAAACAAACAGAUGUAAACAAAAUGGCUGAACAAGUGAACAAAGCACGAGAGGCUCUGAGUCGUCAAGUUGAGGGGAGCAGGGAUGCCCUUUUACAGCAUGUGGAAUCCUCCAACACCGUGAAGACAAUACUUAACAUGCUGGAGACCAUCCUCCCUACACUGACAGACAGCUACCAGAGAGUGUCUCCCAUGGGCAGUACCCAGCGGGCCCAGAAGGCACUCCAUGAACUUCACACUCUACCCAAGACCACAGAGACCACUGAACAGCUUAUGACGGUAACAUUAGGAUCACAGGAGGGAGCCUUUGAGAAUGUCCGUAUGAACUAUAGUGGUGACCAGGGUCAGCAAAUACGUCAGCUAAUCUCGGCUCACAUGCUCCGUCGUGUAGCCAUGUGUGUACUGGCAUCCCCGCACGGCAAGCGACAACAUCUGGCUGUUAGUCACGAAAAAGGAAAGAUCACAAUUUUGCAGCUCUCAGCACUCCUCAAGCAGGCCGACUCCAGUAAAAAGAAACUGACUCUCACUAGGUUGGCAUCAGCACCAAUCCCCUUCACCGUCCUGUCCAUCACUGGUAAUCCCUGUAACGAGGACUUCCUGGCCGUCUGUGGGCUCAAGGACUGUCAUGUAUUGACCUUCAACAGUUCUGGAUCAGUAGCUGAUCACCUUGUUCUACACCCAACACUACCAACUGGCAACUUCAUCAUCAAGGUUGUGUGGCUACCAGGAACCCAGACUGAACUGGCUAUUGUCACAGCAGACUUUGUCAAGAUUUACGACCUCGGAACCGAUGCACUCAGUCCACAGUACUUCUUCCUCCUGCCAAGUGGUAAGAUUCGUGAUGCGACCUUCAUCUUCUCUGAGGAAGGACGUCAAAUUGUACUGAUGUCGUCCACUGGCUAUGUGUACACCCAACAGAUGGAAGACAGCAGUAGUGCUAAACAUGGUCCUUUCUAUAUCACCAAUGUACUAGAAGUCCAGCACCCUGACCUCAAGGAGAGUAAUGGUCAGAUUGCUGGAGGGGGCGUGUCUGUCUACUACUCACACUCACUUCAGCUUCUCUUCUUCAGCUACACCCAAGGGAAGAGUUUUGCAACCUACAUAACCGAGGACCCUCUCCUGUUCCCUAUUGCUAUCAAAAGUAAUGGUGGAGGAAAGGGAGGUAACAAUGGUCAGCCUCUGGUCCAGUGGUCAGAGAUCCCAGGACACACAGGUCUCAUGUACUGUAUGACCCAGACCUCCAACAAUCCAGUCGUCCUCAUGAUCAAACCAGAUAUCAUCCAGGCACAGGAGAUUAAGGUUGUGCCUGCCAAGGCUAAGAUCCAAGAUGUAGUUGCCAUCCGCCACUCUGCUUCCAAUUCAGAUCAGCAACAAAGGACAACAAUGAUCUUGUUGUGUGAGGACGGCUCCUUAAGGAUCUACAUGGCUAAUGUAGACAGCACCAGCUUCUGGCUGUCCCCGUAUCUCCAGCCCCAGUCACCCAUCGCAGUGCUCAAACCUGCCAAGAAGAGGAAGAGCAGCAGAACAGGAAGACCAGUCGGCUCUGUGUCUUUCCCCAUAGACUUUUUUGAGCAUUGCCAGCAGAACGGCGAUAUAGAGUUUGGUGGUAAUGACCUUCUACAGGUGUAUAACACCCAGCAGGUGAAACACAGACUCAACACAACCGGCAUGUAUGUGGCUAGCACCAAACCGGCCGGAUUUAACAUUGAAGUAAAUAACACCAAUACAGCCAAUGUGAUGGUGGGUUGUCGUGUCCUGGUCGGCAGUCAGAAUGUACAGAGAGCACCCUCUUACCUGGAGGUGUUUGGACGAACAACGCAGGUUAACCUCACCAGCAGGUACCGCUGGUUUGACUUGCCCUUCACUAGAGAAGAAUCCCUUAUGGCUGACAAGAAAUUUACUCUAUUUGUUGGAGCGAGUGCCGACUCUGCUGGAGUGACCAUGGUAGACUCCAUCAAGGUUUUUGUAAAGCCCAAGGAAGUAUUUGGCUGGCCAGAGGAAGUAGAUGAAUUCCCAGAAUCUCAGGCCGGAGUCAAACCUGCGGCAUCAACUACAGCCAUAACAAACAGUGACAGUGAUUCUAUACCCUCCACUCCCUUACCUUUAACAUCAGCUGACAGACUGCUCGGGAGUGCACUAGAGGUAUUAGAUGGAGCCUUUGCUUCAUCAUUGUGUGAAGAAAAGGAUCCACUACACCAGUUGACCCUGAAUAUUGCCACCAGUCUGCUGACUCUGCCGACACCUCCCAGUGUACAACAGCACACAAAGUCUCUCCUGGCUUCACUGUUCCCUAACAGACUGUCCUACUACAACCACAAGGACCAGGCCGAGCUUGUGCAUGUGAUGACCUUACUGUCGCAUGAAGAAUGUGACAUGGAUGUAGAGGCAUACCAACGUCUACUGGUCACUGCCAGAUCAGUGGCCGUAGCCAGACCACACAACCUUGUCAAGUUUGCAGAAAAAGGAUCCACAGGAGUAAGCAGUGAGGAAGUAUUGGAAGUCACUGAUCUGGAGCAAGAGGAUGGAGAGGAGAAAUUUGAUGGUCAUUGUAUGUCCAGCCUUUCCCAGCUGGACAGUAAGGAGACUGGACACUUUGUUACACACUUGAUGGAGGCCUUCUGGAAACUACACAGUCUGAAACCUCCCAAUCCAAUGCUAGCUCCUGUCUGUCUGCCAGGUCUGAGUCAUGUAGAUGCAACUGUAGGUGCCCUUGUAGAAAUUAUCCAUGCCUUCACUGUGUGUGAGUUUGAUAACAUCUCUCUGGCCACCAAGAUGUAUGUUCGCCUCCUACUCUGUCAGGACCAGACGGUGAGUUUUGCCUGUAAGCAAGCCAUGAUCCGGUGUCUUCGUCCCAGACAUCGCCGUCGCCGGGUCUGUAUCCCUUCUCCCCCAAGAUGUAGCUCUCCAGGGGGAGCAGAUGAUGAUGAGGAUGAUGAUGACGAUGAAGAUGAUGACAAGGGAGAUAAGCCAGCACAAGCUGUACAGCCUGCGAUGCAGGAAGUAGUCCCUGAACAGCAGGACAAUGAGGAUGGAGAUGAUCACUUUGAGGUGGUGGAGAACAAUGAGCCUAUGGUGAUGGAGCCUGGAGAACAAGGCCAUGGAGGCCCUAUACCACUUGAAGCCCUGUUUGCGGGUGGAGUAAACUUCCCUCCCAUGGUUGACAUUCCCCCAGAUGCUGAUGAUGAGACAAUGGUAGAGCUUGCUAUUGCUCUUAGUCUGCAGGAUCAGCCUGGUCACAGUGGAGGACUUGGACUGCAGGGCCUAGGCAUGAACAGGUCACAACAGGUAUGUAGUUCUAAGUUACAAGAAGGACCAUUGUCAGAUACAACAGCCUCAGCCCCAGGCAGUGAUGAUGAGAUUGGCAGUAAUGCUGCAACAGAUGGUUCUACUCUACGCACAUCUCCCGCAGAACAUGCAGGCAGUGGGGGCUCAGAAAGUGGAGGUAAUUCUCAACAAAACAACACUACUGAAUUUUUCAGGGGAGCUAGUGGACGAAGUAGUGCAUACGGAGAGAGGGACCGGGAGAGCACCAUGUUUAGUGCCCGUAGUGAGACAAGUAGUGUGGGAAUGCACAGUGGUUCCCUCCCUCAGGAGACUGAAGGGUCAGAAAUGGAUGCUGACUAUGACACAAGUGUCAGAUUACACAACUUACGCCUGAUCCUACUGGAACGCCUUCUACAGUACAUACCGGAAGUGCGUGAAGUGGGUGGUGUCCGUGCAAUUCCAUUCAUGCAGGUGCUUCUCAUGCUGACCUCUGACCUGGACAGUGAUGAUGAGAAGGACAAAGCUGCACUUGACAAUGUUUUGACCGCUCUUAUCAAAGAAUUGGACCUCUCUGGACAGGGUCUGGAGAAUGUGUCAUGCAGGAGUAAAAACUACGAGGUGAAGCUGGUGUUGCUGAGACUUUUAAGUGUGUUGUUGUCCAGGACCAAGGCUGGAACCAAGCCUUCUUCUGAGUCAUCUACCUCGUCCUCCUUCAUCAGCAACACAUCAGCCACAGCUCUGAUCUCCAGUGAUGGUAUCACUUACUGUCUCAACAUUCUGUGUAACUUGUUGCCCUUCUGGAAGCAGUUCUCCUCUCAAGAGGAGGAAGGAAGUGCUGUGACAGGUCAGCUACUGAAGCCACACCCCACACAUCCACCCCCAGACAUGUCCCCAUUCUUCCUGCGACAGUAUGUCAAAGGUCACGCCAGCGAUGUGUUUGAAGACUACCCACAACUUCUCACAGAAAUGGUUCUGCGACUGCCAUACCAGCUAAAGAAGAUAUCUGACAGCGUCACCAGUGUACCAGCUGCCAGCUUCGACUAUGUUUGGAAUACAACACUGGCCGAGUAUAUGAUGACACAGCAGACACCAUUUGUCAAAAGACAAGUACGCAAGCUCCUGUUGUUUAUCUGUGGAACCAAAGACAAAUACCGCCAGCUGAGAGAUCUUUAUGCUGUGGAGUCCCACCUACACACAGUGAUGGACCAGUGUCGAGAAGGAGGGCUUGUUGUGUCGGAGAACAUACCUACCCCCAUCAUACUAUCAUACGACACGCUGCUUAACAUUGUUGAACAUCUGAAGAUCUGUGCUGAAAUUGCAAGUGAACGUCCGGUGAACUGGCAGUUAUAUUGUAGAGAUCACCAAGGAGUGUUGGCGUUUCUAGUAAGGGCCAGUAUCGUGUUAGACGAGGGAGUGGCACCCACGGUUCUACAGCUGCUUCAGUGUGCUCUGUGUGGGUCAAAGGGUCCAGUUACUGGACACACAGGGACAGGGGGUGGAGCUGCAACCAGCUCUCCAGCCAAACACAAGAAAGACAAAGAUAAAGACAAAGACAAAAAUGAGGAUUCUGAUGAUGGUCAGCGCCAUGAUGAACAACUGUGUGUCAAUCUGGUACAACUGUUAAAUCGUGUCCUGGACAAAGACCUGAUGAUUCGAUUCCUGCGUACAUUCCUUCUGGAGUCCAAUGCUACUAGUAUACGUUGGCAGGCUCACAGCCUGCUCUACCAUAUCUACAAGAACUCCGGUCUGACGGAACAGGAACAUCUGCUAGAACUGAUGUGGAGUCUAUGGAAGGAACUGCCUCUGUAUGGACGUAAGGCAGCACAAUUUGUUGACUUGCUGGGAUACUUUGUACUCAAGACACCACAGACAUCAGAGAAAAAGACAAAGCAAUAUUUGGAGAAGGCUAUAUCAGUACUUAAGGAAGAAAACCAGAUCCUGUCAAACCAUCCAAACGCCCAGAUCUACAAUAUGUUACAAGGGCUAGUUGACUUUGAUGGGUACUACCUGGAAAGUGACCCCUGCCUUGUGUGUAACAACCCAGAAGAGGAAUCCACAAACCUGAAGCUGUCGGCUAUCAAGGUUGACUCGAAGUUUACCACCACUACACAGAUUGUGAAGCUGGUAGGGAGUCACACCAUAUCCAAGAUUUCCCUCCGCAUCAGUGACCUGAAGCGCACCAAGAUGGUACGUGUGAUGAACAUCUAUUACAACAACAGGACAGUACAAGCUGUAGUCGAGCUCAAAAACAAACCAGGACUUUGGCACAAGGCACGAAAGGUGACCCUGUCCGCUGGUCAGACAGAUGUGAAGGUAGACUUCCCCAUUCCCAUCGUGGCUUGUAACCUGAUGAUAGAGUAUGCUGAUUUCUAUGACAACCUGCAGGCGACCGCAGAGACUCUACAGUGUCCACGAUGUAGUGCUUCUGUCCCUGCUAACCCAGGAGUGUGUGGUAACUGUGGAGAGAAUGUCUUCCAGUGCCACAAGUGCAGAGCUAUAAACUAUGAUGAGAAGGAUCCAUUCCUGUGUAAUGCUUGUGGCUUCUGUAAAUAUGCCAAGUUUGACUUUACACUGACGGCCAAGACCUGCUGUGCUGUCGAUCCUAUAGAGAAUGAAGAGGACCGCAAAAAGACAAUCUCAACUAUCAACAGCCUACUGGAGAAGGCUGACAGAAUCUACAAACAGUUACAACACCACCGUCCGUUGCUGGAGCAGCUGCUGGUACAAGUCACAGAACACAGUUCAGAGAAACUACCGGCAGCUGCUGCUAGUUCUGGUGGAGGAGCUGGAGCUGGAGCUGCCAUUACCAACAGUAGUGUUAACAAGUCCAUACAGCAACUCGCCAUCAAAUAUUGUAGUGAGUGCAAGUCCUCGUUUGAUGAACUCAGCAAGACUAUACAGAAAGUUCUGGCAUGCCGCAAGGAGUUGGUUGAAUAUGAUUGUCAGCAGAGGGAAGCAGUGGCUGCAGCCAGCCGUGCCUCUCCGCUGUCUUCUCCUCGCGACACUGCAGACAGCACUAAGGUCAGGGAGGUCACUUGUAAACCAAAGGCUACUAAAGACAUAGGACGUCCUAGUAACUGUUAUGGAUGUGCUAGCUCAGCUGUUGAGCACUGUAUAACACUGCUGAGAGCCCUUGUCACUAACACCAACCUCCGCCAGAUACUCUGUAGUCAGGGAAUGAUCAAAGAAUUGAUUGACUACAACCUAAGGCAUGGGACAUUACAUGUAAGGACAGAGGUACGCCACCUCCUCUGUCUCCUUACCAAGGAUAGCCGUCGUGGUACAGAGGAAAUGAACAACCUCAUUAUGACCCGCAUUGCUGCUGCCCUCAAAGGUCACUUCUCCAACCCAGAUCUGGGAUCAUCAGUAAGACAUGAAAUCCUUUUGUUGGCUCGGUCAUUACAACAAGAGGAUACAUGUUGGGAACAGCGCGUCCGCUGUGUGAUGAGGCUGUUUUUAAUGGGGAUGCAGCUAAAACAGCCUGUAAUCAUGGACAGCAUCACGCUGCCUUGCCUCCGGAUCCUUCAGCAUCUCAUCAAGCCAUCUGGAGCCACAGUCAGCACCACUGUGACUGUUCUGCCUGCCGAGCUCCAUGUUAACAGUAAAGCAUGGCUAGCUGGUGAUCCAAGGAACUCAUUCCAGUCAUGGCGUAAACGUCUUCCUAAGAAAGUAUCACAAGAAUUGGAGGAAAAACCGAAAGAAAAACCAAACAAAAAAGAGAUAAGAGCUCGCUUUUUGAUGGAGAAGUAUGCCACUAGGUGGCGCCAGAAGAUGUGGAAGACCCCUGCUGUCCAGCUCAAGUUGACUCAGACCACAUGGUUAAAGCAGGCAAUGUUUUCCCCUUCAUCUAGAUCAGCACGUCAGACAGCUUGCAGCAUUGUAGAAUCCAUCGCCCAAAUACCUACUCGCAAGAAAGAAAUCAUUGACAUGCUCACACUCUGCCUGGAUGACAUUGGUCAGAGUGGGGAAAGUGCUACUAACUUCUUGGUGCUGUAUAAACGUCUCAUCACACCGUCCUACUGGAAGUACUACCUUGCUAUCAAAGGUCUGCUCUUCCAUAUUGGGGAACUCAUAACAAAGGAGGUAGAACAGCUUCAGUACUUGGAGGAGACGACCUUGACCUCUGACCUUGCCCAGGGCUUUGCACUUAAGGCUAUGAUAGAGUUACUGUCCCUGUUUGUAGAACAGGACGUGAUCAAAAGACACUAUAAAAAUAAGCUGGUGGGGUAUGUCCUCAACGGUUACUUGUCGUUACGUAAACUUGUCGUCCAGAGAACGAAGUUGAUUGAUGACACACAGGACAAAUUGUUGGAGCUACUGGAAGAGCUUACCACAGGUACUGAGUCAGAGACUAAGGAGUUCAUGCAGGUGUGUGUACAGACAGUGAAGAAGUACCCGGAGGAUGACUACAGGUCACCUGUAUUCAUCUUUGAGAGGCUGUGUAGCAUUAUCUUCCCUGAGGAGAGUGACACAGGAGAGUUCCUUAUGAUCCUGGAGAAAGAUCCUCAACAGGAGGACUUCCUGCAGGGGAGGAUGCUGGGUAAUCCUUACAGCUCAAAUGAACCUGGUCUUGGGCCACUGAUGAGGGAUGUCAAAAAUAAAAUCUGCCAAGACUGUGAGUUGGUAGCUCUCCUAGAAGAUGAUACUGGGAUGGAGUUAUUGGUGAAUAAAAAAAUCAUCAGUCUUGACUUACCUGUACGUGAUGUUUACAAGAAAGUCUGGGCAGUGGAGCAUGGUGAGGGGGAACCAAUGCCCAUUAUCUACCGGAUGAGAGGACUGUUAGGAGAUGCUACUGAAGACAUGGUGAACUCACUGGACACCAGUACCGAGGAAGAUGUAGACAAGGAAGAGGUGUACAAGAUGGCAAAUGUGCUGAAUGAAGGAGAAGGACUCCGAGUCAUUUUACAGAGGUUGUCAUCUAUCAAAGACUUAGUGUUAGGUAAACAACUGAUGACUGUCCUCCUGAAGCUGUUUGGAUUUGCUGUCAACGUCAAGGCCAACCGCCAGGAGCUUAUCAAACCAGCGAUGAACACUAUAAACAUUAUGCUGGGGGCCCUCAAUAUGGCAUUAUGGGCUGAACAAGAAAGCUCAGCCACCAAAGGACAGACCAUCUCAGAACAAAUCCUACAAAUCAUGGAAGUGAUUCUCCUGGAAGCCAGCUCACAGCCUCCAGAGCAGUACAGGGAAUUCUCCAAGCUGUGUGGAGAUAAGGACCAGUUGAUGUUAUUACUGGACCGUAUCAACAGUCCAUUUGUACGCUCAAAUGCAAGCGUGCUGCAGGGCUUGAUGAGACUGAUCCCCUUCCUUGCCUUUGGAGAAGAAGAUAAGAUGCUGGCUCUCAUUAACCACUUCAAACCCUACCUGGACUUUGCCAAAUUUGACCUUGAACAUAGCCAAGACGAGCUUGUCCACCUGGAUUGUUUCUGUGCUGUGGCCUGUAGUAUAGAGAGUAAUGCUAAUGGUAUCAAGUUGAAGGACAUGAUUGUUGACCAUGGUAUCUGUAAGAUGGCUGUGGACUAUAUACUAAAGAACACACCCAUGUUCAAGACCCUCCUGGCGACUGAUGCUGAGAACUGGAAGGACUUCUUAGGUAAACAGGCUCUGAGCUAUGUACUGCGCCUGUUAACAGGACUAUGUAGUGGCCAUCCGCCAUCCCAGCUACUGAUCGGUGCAGAGUGCAUACCUAUCCUCCACAAGCUGGAGCAGGCCUCGUCUGACCAACAUAUAGGCACCAUGGCAGAGAACCUGCUGGAGGCCCUACGGUCACAUGAUGAGGUUGCUGCUAAGAUUGAAGACUUCCGCCACCAAACCAAAGCAGAGAAGAAGCGUUUGGCCAUGGCAAAGAGGAAGAAACAGUUGGGUGCACUGGGAAUGAUGACUAAUGACAAAGGUCAGGUGACUGUGAAGAGCUCGGUGCUGAAACAGAUGGAGGAUCUGAAGGAGGAGACUGGUCUCACAUGUUGCAUAUGUAGGGAAGGAUACCGUUAUCAGCCACAGAAGGUCCUUGGAGUGUACACAUUUACCAAACGGGUAAACCUGGAUGACUUUGAGUGUAAGCUCCGUAAAACACCAGGCUACAGUACCGUAUCGCACUUCAAUGUCAUCCACGUAGACUGUCAUACAGCAGCGGUGCGUCAUGCUCGUGGCCGGGAGGAAUGGGAGAGUGCAGCUCUUCAGAAUGCAAACACCAAAUGUAAUGGUUUACUGCCGCUGUGGGGACCACAGGUCCAGGAGUCAGCCUUUGCCACCUGCCUUGCCCGCCACAACUCGUACCUGCAAGAGUGUACAGGUGUGAGAGACCCUACCUAUCUCUACACGGUACACGACCUCAAGAUCCUACUCCUUCGCUUCUCCCAGGAACGGUCCUUUAGUGACGACAGUGGGGGUGGUGGGCGCCAGAGUAACGUACACCUCAUACCACACAUGAUGCAUAUGGCCCUGUAUGUCAUAAACACUACAAGGUCAUUCAGCAGAGAGGAAAAAAAUCUGACAACGUUUUUAGAACAACCAAAAGAGAAAUGGGUAGAAAACAGUUAUGAGACGGAGGGUGCCCUCUACUGGACCGUGAUGGCACUGCAUGUUAUGUCCUGGGACAAGUGGAAGCAGAAUCGUGUGAAGUUCUUGGAGAGAAUUCUGGUCCUCGCACACACACGUGCAGUUAGCCCUGGUGGAGCCAAAAGUUUAUCUAACAAGACGGCCAAGGAGUAUGUUGCCUACAAGCCCUACUUAGUGUUCUAUGGUCUGGUCGUAGCUCUGUAUGACAAAGUCUAUAAGAAAGUGACUGUUACCCCAGAUGGUGUGUGGAGUAACCUGGCCGCAGACUACAUCAGAAACAAUGACCGUGUGUUGGUGGAGUCGUGUGAUCGUGUAAUGUCCGCGUACGAGGAGGAGAUGCUUCCGUGUGAAUCCUUGGCAGAGUUCAUGGAUGUUAUUGGUUUAUUAGAGGACGUAGCAGACCCUGAUGGUUUCCUGUCAUCACUCUUCCAGUCUGUACCGUAGACUACACUGAUACCUUUGUGUGGAAACUUCAACUUUCAGUGUUUUUUCUGUUGCUUCCUUCCAUAAAGACUUUUGGAAUUAAAUGUUAUAUAUAUGUCAGCUUUCUUCAGCAAUAUUGUAAACUGUGAUUAGUUAAGUAAUAACAGCCCUCAUAGUGAUGGAAACUGGAGUGGAUGUCUGAAAAUAGACAUACAGAGACUAGGGAGAUAUCUGGCUGUAGCUGUAGUAGAUGUAGGGGAGGGAGAUACAGUGACAAGGGAGAUAACUGGCUCUAUUUGGAGUAGGGUGUAGAAGAGGGAGAUACAGUGACAAGGGAGAUAUCUAGCUGUAUUUGGAGUGGGGUGUAGAAGAGGGAGAUACAGUGACAAUGGAGAUAUCUGACUGUAUUUGGAGCGGGGUGUAGGAGAGGGAGAUACAGGCACCAGGGAGAUCUCGGGCUUUAUUUGGAGUGGGGUGUAGGAGAGGGAGAAAAAGUGACAAGGGAGAUAUCUGGCUGUAUUUGGAGUGGGGUGUAGGAGAGGGAGAUACAGUGACAACGGAGAUAUCUGGCUGUAUUUGGAGUGGGGUGUUGGAGAGAGAGAUACAGUGACAAGGGAGAUAUCUGACUGUAGCUGUAGUUGAUGUAGGGGAGGGAGAUACAGUGACAAGGGAGAUAACUGGCUUUAUUUGGAGUGGGGUGUAGGAGAGGGAGAUAAAGGGACAAGGGAGAUAUCUGACUGUAUUCGGAGUGGGGUGUAGGAGAGGGAGAUACAGUGACAAGGAAGAUAUCUGGCUGUAUUUGGAGUGGGGUGUAGAAGAGGGAGAUACAGUGACAAGGGAGAUAUCUGGCUGUAGCUGUAGUUGAUGUAGGGGAGGGAGAUACAGUGACAAGGGAGAUAACUGGCUCUAUUUGGAGUGGGGUGUAGGAGAGGGAGAUACAGGGACAAGGGAGAUAUCUGGCUGUAUUUGGAGAGGGAUGUAGGAGAGGGAGAUACAGUGACAAGGGAGAUAACUUUCUGUAUUCGGAGUGGGACGUAGGAGAGGGAGAUACUGUGACAAGGGAGAUAUCUGACUGUAUUUGGAGUGGGGUGUAGGAGAGUGACAAGGGAGAUAACUUUCGGUGGUGGAAUGUUAGUAUUUUACUUGCUAGUCUAUGAUUGGAGAUAUUGUUGUGUGAAUUUUGUUUGUAUGUUUUCAUUAUUUAUUUGUGUGGAAAAUUGCUAAGUUACUACAAUUCGCCACCAUUUCAAGUUCUCUUUAAUACCAAUAGAAUUAUUUGGCUUACUCUCAAAAGUUAAGAAAAAAAGAAGGAUGGAAAACUUCGCCAAGUUUACCUAUUUAACAAUUCAAUGUUUGGUAAUUUCUCUGGGAAACUGUCAUCCUAGAUAGACAGUUAUUUAACCAUAAAAAAUGCAUGGAGAACAGUUUAUGCAAAUCAAUAUUUAAUUGAAAGGGUUUAAUGAUGUAAUUGAAUUAGAUAUUCAUUAAAACAUAUGACAUUUGUGUUCACCCAUAUAAUCAGUUCUUUCUAUUUUGGUAGCUAUGUCAACAACGUUGCCCCUUUACAAUCCUAAAACCUGUUCCGGUAUGGUAAUGCCAUAUAAACUAAAUAACGCACUUGUGGCAUACAUGUUGUAUUUUGGUAGCCAUAUUGAUAACAUUUCACCCACAAGUUUUGCGGCCUUCAGAUCUGUCCCUGGUAUAUCAACUGCAUUAAUUUGGUGUUGUACAGUCCUUCAGUCUAUAGUACCUUACAAUGUAGAGUUACUUAGCUGUUUACUGUAGACAAUUCCUGUGUUAUAACACUGCUUAAAUUUGUGAUGAUUGCUACACAAAAUUAUUGCUGGAGCAAUUCAACAAUGACUGAAGGAGUCUGCAGAUUAAGGAUGGUUUACCAGACUUGGUGAGGGACUUAAAACUGUUGAAAAAGGCACAGGUCUCUUGUUACUAAAACACCCAAGAACUGUUAAGUAUGGCAAAGGUCUCUUGUUACUAAAACACACAAGAACUGUUGAGUCAGUCACAGGUCUCUUGUUACUAAAACACACAAGAACUGUUGAGUAAGGCACUGGCCAUUUAUUAGUAAACACCAAAUGUCCAUAAUGCUUUACUGGAAUGGGCACUUAUAAGAAAUCAUUUUAUUUUUUGUAGGUGGGUUUGUUGUUUUAUGAGUUGAAGAUGCUGAUAACACUUUUUACACUGUUACCUGUAGUAUUGGUGGAACAUAACAUUAAUCUUUCAGUCCCUGUUUCAUAAAAUUAAUUGAAUAAUUGUAGAAAAUUCUAUAUAAAAAAAUCUCAACACUUGGUUUUCUGUGGCAAAUGAAUUGAUAACAAAUGAAUUGAUAACGUAACAAUAAUUCGCCAUAAACCUGACCUCUGUUUUCCGUAUUGGAGGGAAGACCAAAUAUAGUGUAAUAUAGGAAUGUUUUUCAAUCUCUACAAAAUGUCAAGACAAAAAAAAAUCAUUAUUAUGUAUUACUUGUGACAUAAAGAAUAUAGUGAAAUACUGUGAAGUACUCCCCAAAACUUUCACAGCCACCUGUAUUUGUGUGAACCCAGAACUGUUGUACUAGUGUAUGUGUUGUGUGGAAUGUUUUGACUGACUAAUCUAGCCGAUGUCCAUGUUCUGGAACUGGAAUUGAAUUUAUCUGUUACUGUCCAGAAAAUUAAUUGGUUGUUUGAGGUAUGCACCAGUUAUGGUUAGCAGUGCAUGUGUUUGAUAUUAAACAUCUGGAAAAGGUGCCUCCCUCUUCUCCUUAACAAUAAAGUUUUCAGUAGUGUCAUCUCAGAUACGUAAAAGCAGUUCUAUUUACACAAACGUUUCAUAUUGUAACUGUCCGAUAGGUAAUGAUAUCAUAGACGUAAAAUGUUGAUAAAAUACGUCCCUGACAAUACUUAAAACACGGUUUUCUGUAAGAAUCUUCUGACAGAUAACAGUAGUUAUACACGUGAUUUAAAGGUUCAAAAAUAACUAUUUUACCAUAAUGAUGCAUUAAAGGAAAGGAAUGAAAAUGAUGGCGGACGUUUGGAAUGUGAAACCUUGGCGGACGUUACAUUGUAGUCCAGUGUUUUCUAAACUAUCAAUACAAGCUUUCUGUGUU